GAUCUUAAAUUACAUUUUUUGAAAUGAACUACAUGUUUACUGUCAAAUUCUUCGAAAAUCUCAAAAUGUGUAAAAAAUUGUCAUAAGGACCCUUUUCUCAUGGGUGCAAUCAAUUCAUAUUUUAUGACAAAUCUUACGAUAUUUUCGUGAAACCCACCCUGGGAAUAAAACUAAUAAAAAUAAAUUCUUACAUUAAUUCAAUUCUGUAUCCAAAACAGCCAGUUAUAAAUAUUAACUUUAUUUAAACGUUUUAAGGGAAUUGGAACGGAAAUCCUUGGCGUGGAAGAUUGUCACACAACAGGAAACGUCUAUUAUUUCGUGAACUAUAAAAGGACAAAAAAAAAACACCAACUCUCCAUACACUAGAAUCUGGCGCCACAACAUAGACAUGUAUACCGCUCAUGUUUUUCUGUUUUGUUUUUAUUUUAUGAAUGCUAGCAGUCAAAGAUUUGACCGCUGCAAAGUUUGGGACAACACGGACUUGAAAUGCAAAGAGUGCCAUCCAGGAUAUCUGGGUCAAAACUGCUCAGAAAUAUGCCGAUAUCCUACGUACGGAGAGGAGUGCCAGAAAUUGUGUGAAUGCGAAGAAGAAAAGUACUGUGACAUUGCCACAGGGUGUUUUUCACCAGACGUUGGGUGCAGAAUUGGCUAUUUUGGUUCAAGAUGUGUCAAUAAAUGCCGAUUUCCAACUUUUGGGAAAGGGUGUCAAAAGACAUGCCAGUGCUCCAAAUUAUUUUGUAACUACAUCACUGGGUGUGACGUUUCUACAGGUACAAACCAGAACGAGUUUCCGUCAUCGAAGCAAUACACUACCGAGAGAGACUUAACCAUAGUUGUUGUUAUAUUAUCUGUUUUUUCAUUCAUUUUGGUCUCAGGUAUCAUAGUCUAUGUCAUCUGGCGAAUAAAAGGGCCAUACUUAUCAAACUGGAGAUCAUUUCGAGAUGUUACACCUAUUCGCGAGCAUUAUACACCACAGAAAGCAACAUCUCAACAACAUGCUUCCUUAGAUAUGAGCCAGAGAACAGACGACACAUACUGUUCCAGUUAUGAUGCCAGACCAUUUCAAUAUUUCAAUCAUGCAAUGAAUGUCUCUACAGACGAUAUUUCUCCACAAGCUCAUGGUAAAGUGCCGCAGCGGGACGGAAGCGCAAAAACGAUACUUUUUGAUAUUAGCUCUUCGUAUGGGCCUGAUAUUCAUACUAUACAGAGAGACAAAUUUUAACACCUGCGUAAUUUUUGAACAAUGCUGGAGGGCAGUUUAAAGUUUUGAUUUGGAAAGCUUCUUGUUUAUACAAACAAAUAACAUCCACACAAAUGCACAAGCAUUUAGUCCUUAAAAGGUUUUUUCAAGUACUUAAAAAUGUGAUCGAAUUUUGUCGAUUACUUCGGACAUUUUAUGUAAUCACAGUGCAAUGAACCUGAAUUCGGUAACGUCGCGGACGUACUAACAUUGGCACACACAUAUUUUGAAUUACAUUGUAUUUCAUUUUGAUUUUUUAAUGUUUUUAAAUUAUCAUUUUUAGCGUGCUCCUCACGUUCACAUUUGCCAUAUCAUUACAGCAAGAUAAAAAAAUAAGUAAAAAUUCUUAAUCUUAAUGUUAUAUACAACUUCUUCAAUUGUAAACCAAAUCUGUUUCUGUUCAAUUCUAUUGCUAUUUGACGUUCUAAGAAUAGAUAAUAGCAAUGUCCGUGUAUUUUUUGAACGGCUAUCGUAAGUUUGGAAUACUUAACGAGGCCGAGUACAGAACGAGUACGCACGCUUUCGCGCAGCGUUUCAUUUGUAUUGUGACGUCAUCUUUUUGCUUGGUUGGCGCCAUGGCGUGAUGGUUUCAACUGCAGAUAUUCAGCGAAAUUUGAUGAAAAUGGCUCGUUUAAUGCGUAAAAUUCAUGUUAUAUUGUGGAAUAAACAUAAAUGUCUCGAAGUAUAAGCUAUAUUUGGGCUCGGGUCGAAAAUGUGAAGAGGGUUCAGCAGGCCUAAUCCUCUGUCACGUUUUCUUAACCCGCCUAAACAUAGCUUAAUUCAUAUAUUUCAAGACAGUAACCAUGUAUUUUAUAUUAAUUACCCUUAAUAUGUGAUGUUAUAUAUUUUUUUUAUUUCUUAAAUAUGUCUGAAUGCUUUAAUAAUACUAUAAAGAGCACCUUUUCCGCCUUUGUCAAAUAAAAAAUAGCCAUUAUCUGACAAAUCUGGGAAAUUGGGCAUACAAAAAUUAACUUUGAUAAGACCCCUUGAACAAACAAGGAGGUAAAAGGUUUUUUUUAUUUGACCAUUUGAUGCCUUUUAGCAAUAACUUUAAUAUGUAGAGCAGAAAAAGAAAUCCCUAGGGCAGAAGUUUAAAAAAAUGUGCAAAAUUGAUACAUUUCAAGCGAAAUCCCAUAGGGUCCUAUGUUAAAGAUUAACAAACUUUGAGAUGACCCCCUAAACAAACGGUGUGGUAAAUGUCUUAUUUUUUAAUCUUAAAAUAAUAAUUAUAUCAGUAGAAAUUCAGGUACAAAAUUUAUCAAAAAAUCUAGGGCAGAACAAAUUAGACCCGGCCUCGUUAAAGUGAAAUUGGUUUACCAUAAAAAAAAAAACCUUAUUAGCUUUAUUAAGAAGCAAACGGGUACAAAAUAAUAUAACACUGCAAUACAUUUUACUAUGAAUCGCUAUUGAGAUGAAAUUAAAGAUGGCUUUCGGAUUUUUUUUUGGUAUUCAUGAAUGUAAUAUGACUGUAUUUUAAGAACAAAAAUGUUCUUGUCAUCAGACGAAUAGACGCUGGACUUGUUGUCCUAAUUAUUCCCUUAAGAGCAAUACAUGUUGUCGUAUGCUUUAAUUGGCAUUUUCUUCCUCUUAACGCUUGAAGUCUCACUUUUUAAGGGAGGUAAUGUCUUCUCUUCGUUUUUUUUUAAAUCUUGUUUGGUAGCCUCCUUGAAGAUUGUGACUAUGGCCAACACUUUCAGUAAUUCUUUUUGCUCUUUUGACAUCUUUCCCAUGGAAAGCUGAAUAAAAGGGAAAUCGGUUUCAUCUUUUUUCAAAUAUAAGCGAUUAACAACGUUUAUGUAUGUCUUUGUUGUCUGAUGAUAAUACAGGUAGUUGCACGGUUUUUUUAUAUAUCCAAAUGGCAAAUGCAAAAGAAAUUACCUCGUAAAGAGUUGCAAUACACCAAAUGUGUACUCAAUAGUUGAUUGAAAUGUAUACCGAUCAUAUUACACUUUUUAGAGUUUCAUAGUUGCUGUUGGUAUUACAAGGCAACCAAAACAAAAAAAAAAAUAUAUACAUACGGCAGAAACGUUAACGCUUGAUCUUAACUGAAACCUGGAACAUUGUCUGCCAUGCUUUGAAUGAUGUUCGUUUGGUGGUUUAGGGAUUCUUUCGUUGGUUGCGUUUAUAGUUCUUAUUCUGCUAUUGAAUACUAGUAUUUUUUUUUGUUCGAUAUAUUUAAUUAAAAUUAUAAUCUGUAAAACAAUCUUUUUAUUAAGAUCUUAUUAAUGUUUACAUCUAGACAAUUGGCUUUUUGCAAUGGUUUUUCAUGUUAUAAUCAUUUUUUUCUUUAAAAUAUUAUAUUAAACUUGUUGAAUAUAUCGAAACAUGUUGAAUAUAUAAUGUAGAUAUAGUUUUUGUGAAGUCACACGUAUUCAUUGAUAAAAAGAAUCAGGAAUUUUGUAAUGAGUCAUUUAGAGUAAAAACUGAUGAUAAUGUUUGCUGCAUACAUGUAUCUGUAGUUUAUACUCUACAUAUUUUAAAGAUUUUGGUUUAUCACAUACACUUUUGUUUUAUUUGUACAUACAAUGCUCUCAAUCUAACCUAUUAUUGAACAAAUUUUGCACCGAAUGUUUUAACAAUACUAAGCUCAACUGGAUAAUAACUUGAAAAUGAAAUAAUUGCAUGCAUUGUACAAAUAAGCUUAUAAACCUUAUUUUAAUUUUAUACAUAUUGUAUAUUAAUUUGCUAAUAAAUAAAGACU